AUGGCGGGAGAGAUCCACCAUCUGAGCGAGCGCAGGAUUUGUGGUGGAAUCCUUACCUCUCGAGUGGAAGUGCUGGGCGCCUCUGCCUUGCGCUUCCAGCACAGCUCAGCCAAGCCCGCUACUGUCGGCCAGGCGAUUGGCAAUUUCCGGUUCCUGUUGCUUUGCUUUGCCCCAGAUUUGAGGAACAUGGAAGCCUCCUCCCUCCUCCUGGCCCCUUCCCCAUACCCCUUGGCGCCAGAGCACCCGUAUCCAGCUCAACAACUCAGCUGCUACACUGCCGUAUCACAUUUUCUGAGGAAUGCGCAGGACUACGGGGUGGACCCUAAACGGAUCGUGCUGGCUGGUGAUAGCAGCGGAGGCACACUUGUUGCCAGCACUGCUCAGCAACUUCUGAUGACAAAGGACCUGCCACAGCCCCGGGCCCACAUACUAAUCUAUCCUUUCCUACAAAGUCUGGAUUUCAAUUUACCUUCUUACCAGCAAAACCAGUCUAUUCCCCUCUUAAUCAAGAAAGAUGCUGUUCGUAUUGGCACAUUUUAUCUCUUGAGAACCAAUGCCUGGUUCAAUGAAGUUAUGGCCAAUGCCCACAUCCCGCAGGAACUCAGGGAAAAGUAUCAGAAAUGGAUAAGUGCAGAACAUAUUCCGGAGGAAUUUAAAGGCCGGGGUUACGUGCCGUUUGUACCUGGUCCGUUUUCAGAAGAUCUUUUCAAAAAAUGCAAAAGAGUUUUCGACCCCAUAUUUUCCCCACUCCUGGCGGAAGACGCCGUCAUCCAGCAGUUUCCAGAGACUUUCCUUUUAACCUGUGAAUACGACAUUUUCCGAGAUGACGGCUUGCUCUAUAAGAAGAGGCUGGAAGACAACGGUGUCCCUGUCACCUGGGUUCACCUCAAGGACGGAUUCCAUGGGAUCGCCUUGCUGAUAGAUAUGGGGUCAAUGCAGUUUCCAGGUACAAGGAAGAGUAUAAAUAGUGUAAUCCAAUUCCUAGAACAAUUCUAG